CGGGGGGGAAACAGUGUUUCGACAGGAAGGCAGGAGUGACAGGAUGGGUGGUGAUGGAUGAAACGCGUCCACUGACUGCGCCACUUCCCAUCGGAGUUCUCUCGUGGCGGCGCGGAGUGAGGGAGGCGUGUUUCGAACAGGCGAAACAAACGGGGGUGCGAUAAUACUAUAGGGAGUGCGAUGAGAGAUGGGGGCGGCUUGUUUGUUUGUUUCUUAUUCGGCGCCCCCAUUCCCCCAAUCCGUCGCAAUAGGGGGUUGUUUAUGACUGGGCAUUAUUGGCUUAUGAUGGGGAGGGAGGGAAGAGAAAGAGCGAGACGCACGCACAGCACACAGCAACCGGGCAAUAGUAUCAAAUCAGAUCAUGAUUGCUUGCGGGCAGAGGCAGAAUCGGCGGAAUCAUCAGACUACUUGGCUCAGCACAGCACAGAGAACGAGAACGCCUUCUCCCACAAACACACAAAGAGAGAGAGAGAGAAAGAGAGAGAGAAAGAGGGGCAUAGAUAUCAUUACCCCUCCUCGUUCUACUCCCUCCCUGCUUUACUCCCUGCAUCGUCUUGCAUAUCUCAAAGCGCUCGCAUCCCAUCACACUCACAUCAUCAACAUCACAUCACAAGUAAAAGCAAAGGAGGAAAAACUGCGAAAAUGACAGGCGGCGGAGAUAUCCACCAUCCGCCCUCGUCGCCCUCAAAGCGCCGUGCCAGUACCGUUCCUCUCUUGGGUGGUGUUUCCGGUGCCAGGGUUGCUGAGUCCCACCACUUCCCACCACUAAAACGCCGCUUCACCCGUCUCCUCACCCUCAUCGCCCUCACCCUGUGUCUCACAUGGGGCGUCUUCUCCCUCUUUCAUAACGCCAGUGCCGGUGCUGCGUCAAAGUGGAGAUCGACUGCGAAUGCGGUAAAGGAGCAGAAGGACGGGCUGAUGUUUAUUUACGAGCAACCAGCUGUUCCUGCCGUCAAGGUCGAGAAGGCGGAGAACGAGGUGGUCAAGAUCGUCGAAAAGGUGCAAGUCCCACCCGCGUCACCACCAUCCGACAUCAAAACGGACACCGACGAAAUAACCCUCCACCCGCACCCCGCCCACGGCACCUGCCUCCACCACCCUUCCUCCGCCCUCCCCCAAACAUGCACCGCAACCGACCUCCUCCACGCAGAGCACCUCCUCCACCCCACUCUCCUCAUGCACCCCUUCCCCCGCCGCGUCCUCAUCCUCGGCAACCCGCAAGCCUCCAUCGUCCGCCAAUCUCUCCGAUACUUCACACUCGAGAAAAUCACAUGGGUUAGCGGUGUUGGGGAGGGAACUGUAAACAAGAUCAAGGAGGCGGGACGGGGAAUGUGGGAGUUUGAUGAUAUUUUGGGGAUGGUUACGCAGGUGCAUGGGGUGAGCGUUGAGGGAUACUUGGAGGAUAAGAUGAAAGAUAUCGGGAAGGGGUUCGAUAUCAUCAUCUUGGACGAUGCCUCCACGGCCGUCACGUCCACGCUUGCAGACACUCUAUCAACACAUCUCGCACCGGGGGGGUUGGUGGCCGUCUCCACCCCCCAACCCCUCACCUUCCCAGCCUCGGACACAUUCAGGAGGACAUACACACACCUCCACCAAACCUUCCCCCACACAUACACCGCAACCCUCUACCUCCCCCACCUCUCCUCCCUCACGUCCUACAUCCUCGCAACCCACUCCUCCGCCCUCCCCGACCCAUCCCGUCUGAGUCCGCAAUACAUCGUGGAUUGGUUGGAGAGACGGACGACGGUGGGUGAGGAGAUGCCCUUGGAGUGGUACGACGAAACAGCCCACGUAGGCAUGUUCGCCACCCCCGCCUGGAUCCGGGACGCCACGGAGAAAAUCCACGCCGCCGUGUCCGCUACCCGCAAAGGGGAGGUGAAGCCGGAUUACGCACCCUUCCCCCAAGAGAGCACGAAACGGAUCACGGCCGCCGUGCCCCGGGGCAAGGCGGUGGUGAGGGAGUAUCAUGGUAUGGAUCUGGAGGAUCACGACGCCCACUCUUUGAAGGGAAUUGUUAAGAAGGGAUUGGAGUUUGCGCAUGCGCCGGAUGCCAAGGUCAAAGUGGUCGAAUAUGAACACACGCGGAAUCUGACGAUGAGCGACGAGGUUGUCGAACACGACGAUGAAGACGACGACGAAGACGAACUCAACCCCGAGAAGAAGAAAAAAAAGACAAAGAGUGUCCACGUCUCGCAACUCCCCACCAACCGCACGCUUCUUCCCCCCACGACCAAGAAACCGUCUCCCGUCCCAGCUGACGAGGACGAAACCACGGAAACGAUCACGGUCACGGCGACGUACGAGGGCGGCUCCUUCACACUGACCGUGUUCCCACACUUCAACUACGCCAUCGCCCACUCACUCAACUUCAACACAAACGUCCGCAUCGACGAAAUCACCGGCUUCAUCUUCGAAGAACUCGACGCCGGCCUCGCUUCAGGGUCCGAUAUACCCCUAGGCCACGCCCUCGCGCCACUCACCCCGCGCGACAACAGGGUGCACCUCCCCAACCUCAACCACUUCACCCUCCCCACCCCCUACCACACGCACCCCAGCGUGACCACCCGCACCUCCCCAACCGCAGGAACAGGCCAGUUCGCCCGCUCCCCCAUCAAAAAGGGCACCGAGAUCUUCACGGGCCCCAUCGACCCCCUGCUCCUCCCCAGCGCGGCCGUCACCACACCCAAGUGGUUCCACGCGUUCAGCAACCAUAUGGCGGAACAGGCCGCGCAUAACAUAUACGUUGCGCCCGGCAUACAUAGCGUCGACGCGAGCUUCUUUACGAACCAUAACUGUGACCCGAACCUCGUGUACACGUCGUAUGAUACGAUGAUUGCACGGAGGGAUAUUGCACGGGGAGAGGAACUGACGUACGAUUAUGGGACGGUCGAUAGCGAGAGUGGGAGUAGGUUCAAAUGCAAAUGCGGCGCACCGACAUGCAGGGGCAUCGUCACCGGCGGGGACUGGAAGGACGAGGCGUUGGUCGAGCGGCUCGGCGUCGGCGCGUUCUGGCCCCAUGUGCGACGGAAGAUCUUGGCGAGGAGACGGACGAAGAUGCUGGCCGCGGCGUAGAUCCCAGUGACUGUGCCCUCCCUAUCGUUGACGGCGGUGUGGGUCGUACCUGUACAUAUCUUGUUUUUUUGCGCGUCUUGUGCGGCUUUCUGUAUAUAGCCGUUCUGUUGUAUAUAUCGCAUGUUCCCCACCAGUCAGCCCACACAAACACAUCAAGGCUGAUCAGUCAGCCUAAACCCGCCACGGAGAUGCACGCCCGCCUUGUGAAAUACAUCCCACCUGCAUAUCACACGCGUCUAUCUCCUUGAACCUGGCAACCCGCCCCGGGGGACUCACUCACUGCCUAGCGUGACAAAGCCCCAAAAUCCCCCCG